UGUCCUCUGUAAGGCUUCCUGGAAGAGAAUGUCGUCUUAAGGAGCCUUUUGCGAAAGACAUGACAGCCAUUGUUAAUGAAAUUACAAGUGUUUUGUUAAAAGAAGUGCAAGACAAACCAUUUGCAUUUUUUGGUCACAGUUUUGGAUCUUAUGUUAGUUUUGCAGUUGCACUAAACUUGAAAGAAAAGUAUGGACUAGAGCCGAUCCAUCUUUUCGUAUCAGGGGCACAUGCCCCAAACUCUGAAGCACUUCUUCCCAUCCAAAGCAUACGUAUACAUGAAAAAAGAGAUGAAGAGUUUCUUAAAUAUAUAGAAGUUUUAGGAGGAACUCCUCCUGAGUUUCUGCAAAAUGAAGACAUUAAGAAGCAGCUGUUACUUGUUUUCAAAGAAGACUUUAGAGUUUUUCAGACAUUUUCUUUUGAGAAGGCAGAAAACUAUAUCCCCUUCACUUGUGAUAUUACCUGCUUUAAUGGGUCUGAAGAUGAUUCACAUGAUUUAGAAGGCUGGCACAAUAUUACAAGUGGAGAUACUUCCUUUUACAAUCUUCCUGGAGGUCACUUUUAUCUGCUGGAACGCUCUAAUGAAAUUUUCUUGACAAAACACAUAACAAAAUGUAUAGAAAACACUGGUAUAUGA